AUGACUGAAAAUUUUAAAUCAUUUAGUGAUGUACCUGUCACAAGAAGACAAAUCGAAAACUGUUCUUUUUCAAACUGGUACCCAUUCUUUAAAGAUUACACACCUAAAGCUGAAAUAAUAAAACCUAUACCAGAAAAGUUUGUCCAAUACUUAGAACAAGACGGUAUUUCAUUACCUACUGAGCAACAUACAUCUUCCUUCUAUACAGGUCCUAUUGAAAAAAACGAAGAAAAUGAAUAUAGUGACUGGGAAGAAGAUGAAGAAGAUUUGAAUGUACAAGAUGAAGAUUCUAGUGACGAAGAAGAUAAAGAAUCUCAAACCCCCAAAUUAGAUCCCGUUAUAGACUUUCCUGAAUUUCAUAAUCGGUUGAAAAGUGUAUUAGAAAAAUUUGGUGCAGUUACACCUAAGUUAAAUUGGUCUGCACCACAGGAUGCUACUUGGAUAUUACCAAACAAUUCUAUGAAAUGUACAGAGGUGAACGAGCUUUAUUUAAUAUUGAAUGCUUCAAACUAUAUUAUGCAUGAUUUACAAUAUGCAUUUGAUGAUUGCUCAGAUUCAAAUGAUACCAAGGAAAAACCAACAUAUGAACUAAUUUUAAGGAAAUGGUUUGAUAUAAAUCCGGCAUUAGAAUUUAGAGUAUUUGUCAAAGAAAACCAAGUUGUUGGCGUUUCACAAAGAGACCUAAACUACUACGAUUAUUUGAAACCACUUGGUGAUACAUUCAAGGAUUUAAUAGACGAAUUUGUAGAAGAUACCGUGAUCCCCAAAUUCCCUGAUGAUAGUUUUGUAUUAGAUAUUUAUAUUCCAAGACCUUUUGACAAAAUAUUUUUAAUUGAUAUCAAUCCAUUUGCAAAGAAGACAGAUCCAUUAAUGUUUUCUUGGAACGAACUAAUGACGAAGGAGAAAAACGAAGAAGAUGAUUAUGAAUUAAGGUUAGUUUUAAAGAAUAAUACAGGUAGAUUUGCUUGUAAAGAACAUUCAGAGAAUCAAGUUCCUGAUGAUGUCGUACAAGCCAGUUUGGACCCAAAUUCAAUAAGGGAACUGGCAGAAAAAUGGAAGGAAUUAUUAGCCAUGCAAGAUAAGGAGGAAACUAGCCAUUGA